UAUGACUCAUCUGUUUUUGACAGUUAGGUAUGAUUUUUGACAUCAACACAGCUGACACCCCCUAAGCAAUGUGUCUUGUAAAAGAAAGUCAAAGUGUCUUAUAAAUAUAGUUUUAACUGACCUGCGAUUGGAACAGAAACAAGUCGAGAUGAAAAAAUGAUGCCCAUCAAAGAUAAUCAAGAUGUUGCAUGUUUUUUUGUUACCAAACAUUCCUGGAAAGGGAAAUAUAAAAGAAUAUUCUCUGUGGGCACAAUGGGGAUCACCACCUAUAACCCCUCGACUUUGGAGGUGACAAAUAGGUGGCCAUACAGCGACUUCAUAUCGCUGCAGCCUCAAAGAGGCGCCGGCAACACUCCAAAUGAGUUUAUUAUAACAAUGAAAAAGGAGCGCAAAAUAGACCAUAUGAAAUUUUCAACCGAACAUAGAGCCCAACUGUUGACUGAAGCGCUGAAAUUCAGACACAGUUUUGCCGAAAAGCCAAAGGAAAUUUUACGUUAUCAUGCCUAUAAACAUCAUUGGUCAGAUGUCAGACUGCCAAUUGUUUUAGAAGUCACUCCCUACUCUCUCGAUCAACUUGAUCCAGCAACCAAUCACAUUUUAGCUAGCUACUGUUUUAAGGACUUUGAGGGAAUUUGCACAAUUUCUGACUAUCCAGGAGCGUUUGUGAUAGUGUACGGCGGCUUUGGAAGACUGCACUUAUUCCAAGCUGUUGACUUUGAAGAGAUCAAAAUAAAAAUGCUGGAGAGUGCAAGUCAAAACUUAGGUCUUACAAUCAAAGUACUCAGUACGCCCAUUACGUUAGAAGAUUUCCAACUUCAAAGGUUUGGUAAAUAUAGUGACGACGAACACUUAACGUCCGUGUCCGAAUUUCCCGUUUACAAAGUGCAUAAAGCUAGACAUCCAGAACCAGUGCGACGAACCCUCUGCUUAUCAGAAACAUGUCUACUUGAAAGAGAUCCACAAACGUACAGCAUAUGCACUUUGCGACCUUUAGGCGAGAUUUUUGCGUUAAUACGAGACAAUAACAACCCGCAAUUGUUUAAUAUUGAAUAUAUUAAUGGCCUUGUCAGGACUUACACAGCAACGGAUCGCGAUUCUUUACUAGCAUCGCUCCUAGAUGGCGUCCGAGCUUCCGGAAACAGAGACGUACAUGUUGCCAUGGUUCCAACCGAACGAGGGCUACGAUUAGGCCCUUUACACUUACCGGUUGAGGAAGAAGCCGAAAGUUUACAUGUAAAAUUUUUGCAAAACCCUCCGCCUCGACGAACGUUUUUCGAAUGUGUUCGGCGGUUCAAUGCUAAUGUUCCCUACAGCGGGCUCUUGUACAGUGUCACACAAGAUGGAAUUUUUUCCGAAAAUAAGGAAAAACUGAUAACGGGCGCCCUUCAGUCUCUGGUACAGAAAGAAGGGGAUCAGAAAACAAUCACUUCAGUCGAACUUGAGGCACAAUUUCAUGCCUUAAGACGACUGGUUGCGAGCAAAGUUGGCUAUGCGGGCUUUACCAUGCUGCCGGGUUUUAGGGAAGCGAUAGGUCAUAAAGUCGUUUCAGCGUUAAAAAGGAAUGACUUUGGGUUAACUCACGCUGCCAUUGAUAUGAUUUGUGCGUUAAUGCACCCAAUGCACGACGACUAUGAUCUGCGGCAAGAACAGUUGAAUAAAUCGUCUCUACUGCAAACUAAAGCUUUUUUGGAAAAUUUACUAAACAUGUGGACCACUCACAUAGCUCAAAACACCGGUGCUCUGAUCGUGUCUGCCAUGCUUGACGUCCUGACUUUCGCCCUUUGUGUCCCUUACAGUGAAACAACUGACGGUAAACAAUUCGACAUCCUUUUAGAAAUGGUGUCGGAACGUGGAAGAAUGUUGUUUAGGUUGUUCCAGCACCCUUCGAUGGCCGUGGUGAAAGGAGCGGGUUUAGUGAUGCGUGCUUUGAUCGAAGAAGGCGAGGCUGAGGUGGCUGCAAGAAUGCAAAAUCUAGCUCUAGCAGAAGGCGCAUUGCCUCGCCACCUCCUCGCUUCUCUGUACACGCAAGGUUCCGACGGUCGAUUGUUGACACACCGUCAGUUGUCUCGGCAUUUGGUCGGGCUGUGGGUGACGGGGAACCCCACAGCUAUGGGGCUAUUGAAGCGAAUUAUGCCGACUGGUUUGAUUUCGUUUUUGGAUUCGGAGGAUAAAGUUCCUGAACAUGCCCUCGAACAAGAGUUGUUGAAUCAUAGAGAUAAUUUAAAAAUCGCACAGGAUCAUGCCAAUAAAAGUAAAAGGAAUCCGAAUUGGAUUGCCGUCGAAAGGCAGUUGAAAAAUGUGGAAAAGCGGGUCGAGCAUUACACGAAUUUGGCGCUCCAGCAUUGGGGUGCUAGGGUCGGUAUCACAAUCGAACGGAAGGAAAAAAUCAAGGAAAGGCCGAUUGUUUUGAGGAAGCGAAGGGAGAGGAUUAAGGCUGAGGCGAACUGGCUGCUGUUUUAUUGGAAAUUUAACCAGGAUCACGCUCUUCCCAAUCUCAUUUGGAAUCACAAGACUCGAGAAGAACUGCGAAGUGCCUUAGACAACGAAGUGAGAACAUUUGCCUCCGAUCGUGAGUUGGCCGGCUCAGCUUUGGUCGCUUGGAACCACCAAGAGUUCGAAUUACAUUACCAAUGUCUUGCCGACGAAGUAAAAAUUGGUGACUACUACCUGCGUCUGUUGCUAGAAAUGGACGACCACAAUGACGACUCGCCAAUCCGGCGCUCUUACGAAUUUUUCAACGACUUGUAUCACAGAUUUCUGCUUACGACCAAAGUCGAAAUGAAGUGCAUGUGCCUUCAGGCCAUGUCUAUAGUCUACGGAAGGUACUUUGAAGACAUCGGCCCGUUCAGCGACACCAAAUACAUCAUCGGGAUGUUGGACAGAUGCGUCGAUAAAAUGGAACGCGACCGUUUGGUCCUCUUUAUUAACAAAUUAAUUUUGCAUCACCGAAACGUUCGCGACAUUUUGGAAUCAGGCGGUGUUCGUACGCUUGUCGAUUUAAUGACUUUGGCGCAUUUGCACACUUCGAGGGCCGUUAUUCCCACACAGACCAACGUUAUUGAGGCCGGCCCUGGAAUGCAAGCAGUGCAGGAAAAAGAGUGGUAUUACAAUACUGAAGAGACAGGUCGUAACGGCCCUGUCAGUUUCCAAGAGAUGAAAGACUUGUUUAACAAAAAUGUGAUAAACCAUCGGACCAGGUGCUGGGCUAUGGGCCUCGACAGUUGGAAAACUGUCUCGCAGUUGCCCCAACUCAAGUGGUGUCUUUUGGCCAAAGGAAGCCCAGUUCUGAACGAGAGCGAGUUGGCCACUUGUAUCCUGAAUAUUUUGAUCAGAAUGUGCGAGUAUUAUCCCAGUCGGGAUUCGGACGAUGCGAUAAUUCGGCCGUUGCCGAAAGUGAAGCGGUUGCUUUCCGACGCGACCAGUUUAUCACAUAUCGUGCAGCUUUUGCUCACUUUCGACCCGAUUUUGGUCGAAAAAGUGGCGACUCUCCUUUGUGAAAUAAUGCGAGAUAACCCGGAAAUGUCCAAAGUGUAUUUGACGGGAGUUUUCUAUUUUAUUUUGAUGUACACAGGAAGUAAUGUGCUUCCAAUCGCACGAUUCUUAAAGCUGACACACAUGAAACAAGCUUUCAAAGCUGAUGAGGCCACGUCCGACAUAAUGCAGCGGAGUAUUUUAGGCCAGUUAUUGCCCGAGGCGAUGGUGAAUUAUUUGGAAAAUCAUGGCGCGGAAAAGUUCGCACAGAUUUUCCUCGGAGAGUUUGAUACUCCGGAAGCCAUCUGGAGCGCGGAAAUGAGACGGAUGUUGAUCGAGAAGAUCGCCGGACAUAUCGCCGAAUUUACGCCAAGGUUGAGGAGUCAUACUAUGGCGAGAUAUCAUUAUAUUCCUAUCCCGGCUGUGAGGUAUCCGCAGUUGGAGAGGGAGCUCUUCUGCAAUAUUUUCUACUUGCGACAUCUUUGUGAUACUGUAAAGUUUCCCGAUUGGCCGAUUCCGGACCCGGUAAAACUUUUAAAAGACGUUCUUGACGCCUGGAGGUCCGAGGUUGAGAAAAAGCCUCCAGUUAUGACAGUAGAAGAAGCUUACAAGAGUUUAGGUUUGAACGGCUCCUUCCAUGAGGAAGCAGUUGUGCGUAAAGCUUACUACAAGUUGGCCCAACAAUUUCACCCCGAUAAAAAUCCCGAAGGAAGGGAACGUUUCGAAGAAGUUAAUAAAGCUUACGAGUUUUUGUGUAGUCGAAGUAGCUGGACUACAGACGGUCCAAAUCCUCAUAACAUUGUUUUGGUCUUGCAAACACAGAGUAUCUUAUUCCAUAGAUAUUCCCAAGAAUUGCAACCGUAUAAAUACGCCGGUUACCCGCAACUGAUCAAAACAAUCAAAAUGGAAACAGCCGACGACCAACUGUUUUCAAAAAGUGCCCCCUUACUUGCCGCAGCUAGCGAAUUAGCAUAUCAUACAGUGCAUUGUUCGGCCCUAAACGCCGAAGAACUACGACGCGAAAACGGCCUAGAAGUGCUCCUAGAAGCAUACACUCGUUGCGUUAACGUUUUAAACAAAUCGUCAAAACCGACAGACACUGCAGUCCUAGUCUGCACGCACAUCACUCGGUGUUUCAGUGUGGCAGCGCAAUUCCCGGCAUGCAGGGAAAAAAUGAUCGACUUGAAACAACUCGUUAAAGACUUGUGCCGAAUUCUUUACUUCAAGCAUCUCACGAAGUUAUGUUCCGUGGCCACCGAAUGCGUCAGCGCUCUCUCAAUCGAUUCAAUCCUCCAACUCGAAUUGAUCAAGUCGGGCGCUUUGUGGCACCUUUUACUGUACAUGUUCGACUACGACUUCACGCUUGACGAAGGCGGAGUUGAGCGCAGCGAAGACGCCAACCAACAGGAAGUCAGCAAUCGGUUGGCGAAGGAAGCUGUGAGGGCUUGUGCCGCUCUGGGGGGUUACAUUCCGGGAGAAAAUGCUCCUCCACCAAAUAACUUAACACGGGGGAUGUUGGAGGCGCUCCUGACCAGCUUCUUAGCCAAUCAGCUCGGGACGGAAAAGCCGGAAGAGAUUCUUAAAACGCUGAAUAGUAACAGUUCGACGCCCUACUUGGUGUGGGACAACGGUACAAGGGCCGAACUUACCGACUUUUUAGAGAAACAACGUAGCGGUCGGGGUGAUUUAGAUUUAAGUGCAGGGACCGAAUUUACCUACUCUGCACAUUCGGACGAGUUAAAAAUUGGUAACGUCUUCAUACGGAUUUAUAACCAGCAGCCGACGUAUCCUAUUCAGAAUGCCAAAAAUUUCACGAUGGAUCUCCUAAGCUUCCUCUCGGAGCAGUCCGAGUACCUCUUGAACUUGGUCAACAUAGCGUAUUCCGUUACGAUAGAAGAUAGACUAAAACACGCUGUGAUGGCUUCGGAAGCGCUAACAAAUGUGAUACGGAACAAUACAGGUGUCGAGUUGCAGUGCAUCGGCCACUUCCGGCUCCUCUUCAGCUUACUUAACGUAUCCCACAGCCCCAUUCAGAAAGGUGCACUCAAUGUGAUAUCAGUAGUUACUAGGAAUAACGAGUGCAUCAACGACAUCGCCGCCACCGAAGUGUUGGGCUAUUUGUUGCUAGUUUUGUACACGAUUCAAGACUCGCAGCCCCAAAUUUUAGACACUCUGUAUGCGUUAAUGUCGACGACUAAAAUCGUUAAAGAGGCGCUGAGCAAAGGCGCUGUCAUUUAUCUCUUGGACCUUUUCUGUAAUUCCACCAAUUCGCAAAUACGGCUCACUUGUGCCGAGCUUUUGGCUCGGAUGAGUUCGGAUAAACUCGUCGGACCCAAAGUUCGGUUAUGUUUGGGGACCUUCCUACCUCCGAUUUUUGCCGAUGCCAUGCGGGACAGUCCGGAAGCGUCCGUCAAUAUGUUCGAGUCUGCACACGAACACCCGGAGCUGAUUUGGGACCAAGAGGCCAAGGAUAGGGUCUGCACGACCGUGGCCCGGUUAAGGAGAGAACAUCAGACCGCGCAAAGCACCAAUCCGGCCGCUCUGUGGAAAAUGCCUGACGUUAACGGGCUUACCAACUUUGCCACGCCGAAUGAGUUCAUCGUUGGGGGAGUUUAUUUGCGGAUAUUUAUCGCAAAUCCCGCUUGGACUUUGCGAAAACCGAAAGAAUUUUUGUCGGAACUUAUGGAAACUUGUUUGACUCUGAUGGCCAAAGAUAAACCCAAUACCGAUUUGUUAGAAAUGGGGACCACAGCCCUCUGUUCGUUGCUGCAAGCACAACCGGCCCUUCUGGAUCUGAUCCCUUCCAUGGGCCACAUUCCGCGCCUUUGCAGACAAAUGGGUUCCAACGUAAGGCAAACUAUUGUUCCUAAAUCAGCCAUACUCAUCUUGAACGCGCUUUCAAAUAGUAGCAUUUGUGUGGCUGCGAUUGCACAAACGGACUGCAUGCACCCCUUAAAACAGGCAAUGCAGGUGCGCAAGGACAUGAUAGCAGUGGCUUGUGAAGCCCUCAAUCGGCUCUUUUCCAACAACCAAGACCAGCUAGUUAAGCAAGCUCUGGACGUUGAUUUCGUCCAGUUUCUCUUAACACUUCUGGAAGGAAGGCUCGAAAUUAUCGAUAAUCCCGCUAUGACGAAAGCGCAAAUCGUCAAAGCUCUCAAAUCGAUGAGUCGCAGUUUGCUCUAUGGUGAGAGGGUUACCAGCAUACUUGAUAAAAGUACGAUUUGGGCCGAAUACAAGGACCAAAAACAUGAUUUGUUUAUAUCAAGUACCCCAAUUUCUGGUUAUCUGACCGCUGGAACACCAACUGCCGCAGGUUAUUUAACGCAAGGUUCGAGUGCCAAGGUGGCGCUGCAACCACCGCCGGUCGAUAAAGAAGAUACCGCCUUAAAACCGGACGGGCUUUAGUGAUCCACAGGGUGAUAUUUACAGCACUUCAGGAUUGAGUAUUAGUGUAAAUACAUUCCUAACUUUAAAGCAAUAGACUUAAUGUUUGAUAAACUUAGUGUAAUUUAUGUAAAGUUAAAUUGUAAAAAUGUAAAUGUGUAAGGAUAAGUUAAGUACUUUGUAUGCUUUACUAAAGCUAUUAAUUUAUGCUUAAACAAAUAUAUAUUUUCUAUCAUAGAA